AUGCAUUUGCUUUACCUGACGUGCCAAGUCGCAGAGCCACAGGUACAAAAGGCGCAGGAGGAACGGGCUGAUGGAGGCAAUCGGGCUGGCGCCGAAAGCGAACGGCAAGCCAGUUCUGGUCCACCCGAUGUCGAUGUGCGCCACAACGAUAAUCCUGAAGGUUAUGUAUCCUCUGGUCGACAAGAGGAGCGUGACAACCCAACAGAUCCUGGGCACAAUUCACGCACUCCGCCGCCCUCUGCAAGCAAUGAGCGCAACCGGUUACAACGACUGGUUGAACAAUACUUCAAAGAAAUCAUCGACCACAGGUCCGUCAAUCGAUACGAAGCACGGAUGAAGCCCGCCUAUUCUGACAUCCCUCGGGGCAUUCUUCCUCCCGAGUCAUCGGCCUCUCUACCGCCUCCUCUGCUGCCUCCUGGAAGCUAUGCCAGACCUCGGCAUGAAGUGGCCAUCGAACAUUUUGAAGAAUUCUUGAGCAACAGGUCUACCGAUCAAUACGAAGCCCGGAUUAAGGCCCACUACUCGUCGGAAUAUACAGCCAUCCUUAAGGAGCACAUCGAAGAUGUGAGAGCUUGGACAGACGCCAACGACUCCUCAUCCCAGGCAGGAGCCCUUCAUACCUUCAUUAAAGCAUUGAAAGCAGUAUCGGUCCGGAAAGAGGCUGAACGGGAGCGGCAAGAUCUCUUGUGA